ACAUGUUUUCAUAUUCGUUCAAUAUCUUUAGCCAUUGAUGAUCAGCCAACAAGAGUCGGUGUUCAAAUAUUGUUGUACAUAUUAGUCCGAGUACUUAGCAAUUAGUCUUAUUUAAAGAAAGAUCCCGGUUGUUGAUCAGCAUUUAGGAGGUUUACUUUCCAGUGUUGGAGACUGUCGUCGAUUGCUGUAUACCAAACACCAAGAGAAGAUCCAUGCUAGAUCAAAUGCCGUAACUCAAGAGUGAUUCUAUUGCAAUGGCAGUUCUAAUAACCGCGUUAAUUCAGGUGAUAGUGUGCAUAGGGCUUUUACCUGUACUACCUUCGAUAGCCGAAACACAGACAGUGGUCAUUGCCAUCGAUCAAACUAUACUACAUAUGAAUCAAAAUAUUCAGAAAAUUUUAGAUAAAAGCAAUUUCUUAACCGAAGAUAAUAAACCAUUAGCUGAUGUACAGUUUGUUACAAUAAUUUCUGAUAAUAAUGACUCAUUAGAGACGUUGGAUAAAGUUUGUGCUCAAAUUAAGGAUGGGGCAAUUGUGCUGGUUGACAUGACAUCUCCCAAUGUAGCAGCUUUAUUGAGAUCUUUUGCAAGUACUUUGGGUAUAGCCUACAUCUCAGUUGUGGACAACUCCUACUUUAGAUAUGGAUCUGGUGAUGCAUCAUUACAUUAUUAUGUUGAACCAACAGCAGUUGAGAUGUUACGUGUUGUAGCUGACAUUGUUAUAGCGGAUGAUCUAAACAAUGUGGCUAUUGUCUAUGAUGAAACAUUUGAUAUACAGAAUACACCGAGAAGAAUUCUGACCAAUGUACCUGCUCAACAUCUCUAUGUUAAAAUGAGUGAUGAUACCACGGUAACACGGACGCAAAUCGAAAUGUUGAAAAAAAUUGAAAUAAGAAACAUAUUCAUCAUUGGAAACAGCCGAAAUGCUCCCAUUUUCCUCGAAGUGGCGAAUACAUACACUAACUUUGAAGUCAACUGGUUCUUUCUAACAAAGGAUUCAAAACUAACAUGUCUAAAUUGUAAGAAUGAAGUUCGUGUUAUAGUUAUAACAGCUACACCCCAACCACCAGCUAAAACACAGUAUGAUAUUUUCAUGAAACAAAUUCUAGAUCCGGCAGUUAACUUUAAUAGAGAUUCUUUUAAGACUGAUGAAGCAUUGGUGUUUGAUUUGGUACGGCUCAUAAAGUUAGGUGUAAACACAACUGGUCUGGUACCCAUUGUUUAUCCAGACUGUUAUAAUAUAUCUGAGGCCAACGAUACAUUUAUGAUGCAGAGUCAAUCUAUUGUGAAUUCCUUCAAACAGUUGAGCAUACAUGGCGUGUAUGGACCACUGGAUAUGGAAAAUGACAUCACACGAUACAGAUUUACACUUCAAAUAAAUCAGAAAGUUUUCAAAAAUGGGAAUGUAGCCCAAAAUACAGAGGUUGGUAAUUGGACAGAAGCACUGGUACAGAAAGAUAGAUUAAAAUUAGCAAGCGGCAUCAAAUCUUUAACCAAGUCGGAUAAAAAGAAAUUCUAUCGAAUUGUUACUGUUGCUGGUAUGCCACCGUUUGUGUAUAAAACAUCAGGUGAAAAUGGUACGAAGGCUAAAUAUGAAGGUUAUUGUAUUGACCUCUUAGAUAGAAUCUCCUUUCUUCUCGAUUUUGAAUAUGACAUCUAUGAAAGUCCGGACAAAUUAUACGGUGCCAUGGACGAUGAUGGUAACUGGAAUGGUGCAAUAAAAGAGCUGAUUGAUAAGAAAGCUGAUAUAGCAGUUGGUCCUAUAUCUGUCAUGGCGGAAAGGGAAAAUGUUGUAGAUUUUACAGUACCUUAUUAUGAUUUAGUUGGUUUAACAAUUUUGAUGAAGAAACCAGAAUUUGACUAUUCACUGGUCAAGUUUCUCAGUGUACUUGAUGAAGAUGUUUGGUUUUGUAUCAUUGGUGCCUUCUUUCUGUUUAGUAUUCUGAUUUGUGUUUUUGAUAAACUCAGUCCAUUUAGCUACCAGAAUAAUACUAUUGAUUGGAAUGGUGAAGGUUCGGAACCAAGAGUCUUUACUCUUAAAGAAGGAAUUUGGUUCUGCAUGAUGUCUUUGACUCCGCAAGGAGGUGGAGAAACGCCACGUGCUUUGUCAGGACGAUUGGUUGCUGCCACCUGGUGGUUGUUUGGGUUUAUUAUUAUAGCUACGUAUACAGCUAACCUUGCUGCCUUUCUGACAGUAUCUCGUCUUGAAACGCCAAUAGAGUCUUUGGAUGAUCUCUCCAAUCAGUUUAAAGUAAAAUAUGCUCCUACGAAUGGCAGUAACGCACUGAUAUACUUCAAACGUAUGGCAGAUAUUGAACAUAGAUUUUAUGGCAUUUGGAAGAAUAUGAGUUUAGAUGAUAACCUUGGUGCUGUUGAGAGAGCUAAGCUCGCUGUGUGGGAUUAUCCUGUUAGUGAUAAAUAUACCAAGCUAUGGGAGACCAUGCAGGAGUCUGGCUUUCCUUCGACCAAAGAUGAAGCCAUGGAAAAAGUAUUAACAGGAGAAUUUGCCUAUAUUGGUGACGCAACAGUAAAUAAAUAUGCCACAUUAACACAAUGUGAGUUAUGGGAAGUUGGUGAAGAGUUUUCAAGGAAGCCAUAUGCUUUAGCUGUACAAGAAGGGUCACCAUUACGUAGCGAAUUAUCAAACGUCAUCCUGCAGUUAAUUAAUCAAAGAGAAUUAGAAGCAUUCAAAACAAAAUGGUGGCAGAAGGAUGAGCUCGAUUGUCCGGACAUAGAAGAUGAAAGCGAUGGUAUCAGUAUCAAAAACAUAGGUGGCGUGUUUUUGGUGAUUGUUAUUGGGUCAGCUUUGGCUCUGAUCACUCUUGCCAUUGAAUGUUACUGGUACAAAUAUAAACCCAGACAAAAGAAGAAGUUGUACGUCAUUAGUUCCAAGGAUAAUCUGACGAAGUCUGAAUCUCAAACCACCGCGACGAAGGGAUUCCCAUCCUCAAAUCAAUUGAGUAAUGGCCACACGAAGGAUGGAGAAACGGUUGUGAAUGGGAAGGGUCCUGUUCGAGAAGAGGGUCAUACAAAUGGCGGGUUUGUUGAGAUGACUGAACGAUUGUAGAUUUUAAUGCAAAACGCCUUGCCUUGUAGUCCAUGUUGUAAUGACUGCGCUGACUGUGUCCAGGAGCGUCGCGAGUCCUGGGUCCCACAUAACCAACCAAUAGCGUGGGUUGUUUUAAUUUAUUGUUUAAUUUACAUCGUGUUAUUUGUUACACACAAAUCAUUGCUUUUUGUGGUGUUGUGAAUCCAGACCUGUUCUAUAUUAACAGAAUAACAGUCUGGACAGAUAUACAGCGCACAAUAAAAAGUUUAUCACUCGAUCUAUAUAAAUCUAUUCUUGGAAAUCAUCUGCUCUUCUUACUCAUCGCCAUAGUUUUUGUUCUUCGUAAAUCGUUUUGGUAGAAACCGGAUUGGGUUGGAAUUGGAUUUAACCGACAGACAUAUUAUUGGCUUGAGCCGAAAAGUAAAACCAGACCAUUGAGUUCCCAGAAUAAUGUAACUUGCGUAUAAAUAUUUUCCUAAAGAUCUCAACGUAUUUAUACUUUCAUUUUGAAAUCAAUGUUUACUAUUUUCUUACAUAUUACUAUAUAUUGUUAAAGUCCUCGUUCGUAUGUAAUUUAAACAAUAUUAGAGUAUUAUUAUUGAACCAGGAACUGGUCCAUAAGCGCUACUCAUCGGCUAGAUCUAUUUCUUAAGGCCACCUCCAAAUUUCGUCAAGGUCGCGGAGAUGUAAAUAAGGCCAUGGCACGUGAUUGUUGACGAGAUUGUGGGUUUGGGCAAGGGUUCGGGCUUGGUUCAGGGUUAGGGUUAAAGUUGGGGUUAACCUUUGAUCAAAUCUGGAUGUGGCCUUAAGAAAUAGAUCAAACCGCGACGCACUUCGCAAAAAACUAAGACUCCGCCAAUUCAUGUACGAUCAACAUGAAAUUUGGUAUACGUAUUUCUUGUUCAACUGUGCAUCGAUUGACGGAUUUUUGAUACGGCAUUACAAUUCCAAGAUAGCGGCAGUGACGUUAUGCUCGGUUCCAUAAUAGUACCAACGUACUUAUUGUUUCUGUUUUUGUUUUUUUUGUUUUUUUUAAAUUAUGUAUAAUUUCGGUUUUCACCUUUGUGAUAAUUAUUUUUUUAAAAUAGGUGUUACUUAUAGCCUGUUCGUUCAUUACUUGCAAAUUUUAUCGAAUUCAAAUGAGUAAAAUUUUAUCGAUGUCAAAUGAGUAAAUCUUUGAUUUUGGAGAAACAAAGUCAUUGGGCCUAUAUCAUCACAUACUGGUACGGCAAUUCAUUGGGCCAGUACAUGUUCAUAAACCUGAUAACUCACAGCAUUGUCAAUGAUAUGUUAGUCGUCUGAACUAUUUUUUUUUAUCAAAAUAUGCUACCUUCUUGCUUGAUUCGGUCAUGGUGGGUUGUUUUUAUCAUGAUAUGGAUAAAAGUCAUCAAUAUUUUUUACUUUAAUUGCACGCAUUUUCAAUAUUUUUAUGAAAUAGAAAAUGAUUUGACUUAUAAAUUAAAUAACCACGUUGUUAAAUGUUUAUGAACAUACAUCUAUAUAUUAUAUUUCUUGAAUAUAUCAGUUAAUUUUGUA